AUGGCCGCGGGAUCAGCGGAGGAGCGCUGGAGGCCGCAGGGAGAGGGCCAAAGUGCCGGGGAGUGUCAGGAAGUACCGGGAGUACCGGGGAGUACCGGGACCAGGGAGUGCCGGGGAGUGUCAGGGAGUGCCAGGGAGUGCCAGGGAGUCCGGGGAGUGCCGGGGGAGUGUCAGGGAGUGCCAGGGGGUGCCAGGGGAGUUCCAGGGAGUACCGCGCCGGGAGUGCUGGGGAGUGCCGGGGGGAGUAGUGCCAGGGAGUUCCAGGACCAGGGAAGUCCACCCAGGGUGGGAGUCAGGAGUGCCAGGGAAGUACGGGGAGUGCCGGAGGCAGUGCAGGGAGUGCCGGGAGUAGGGGAGUGCCAGGGAGUCCCGGGGUGUGCCGGAAGUGCAGGGGCCAGGGAGUACCGGGGAGUGCCAGGGAGUUCCAGGGAGUACCGGGGAGUGCCGGGGAGUGCCAGGGAGUACCGGGGAGUGCCGGGAGAAGGGAGUGCCGGGGAGUGCCAGGGGGAGUGCCAGGGAGCCGGAGCCAGAGUACCGGGAGUGCCAGGGACCGGGGAUCCACUUCUGUCUGGACGCCGACGCGCUAAAAAAAAAAAAAAAAAAAAAAAAAAAAAAAAAAAAAAAGGAAGCGAAGGGGGGAGAGCGAAGGGAGAGGAAGGGGGAGAGCGAAGGUACAUGUACCUAGGGUGUAGGACGAGUGCACAGUCCCCUUCCCUCGCUCUCUGGGCCCUUAAGCCGCCUUCGCCCCUUUGGCUUCCCAUAGACAGUAUACCUUGUAGUUCCAAUAGGAAGAUUAACGCCUCUCCACACCCUGAUCUCAUAUAA